CAGUGCAUUCGCGCUAGUGGUGUAUUUUUCGAUAAAAUUGUUUAAAUUUAUGUGUAUUUCCUGUAAAAUUGUGUAAAAUAGCGCCCCAAACUGUAAUUAGUUGUCUUAGUUCAUAGUGAAGCAUUCGGGAAGUUAUGUGCUGCAAGUGUUUCGGUUGUUUGCAAUAGCCAAACAUUGGGGCCGCUAACAUUCUACGUCAACAAGCGCAGUUUCCAAGUGAUUACACGUACAUAUAAUAUGGUGAUAAUAAGUUCCUGAAAUAGCCACUCGCCUUUAUCAGUAGUGUUCGAAAAGAGAUUUCGACCAUUUUACUUCAAGAUGCAGAUUCAUGCAGUUAGUUCCACGCCGACGGUCAACGGUGUGAAACAGUGCCGACCGGAUACCGAUAUGAAGAAGUUGUGCAGAAUCAUCACCCACACACGGAGUUUCAAGGAUGAGGAUUUGUUGCUGAGUCCGAAGGAUCAUCCGGAGCUAAAGUUGAAGGAUAUCGUAGAGAUUUACCAUCCGGAGGACGAUGGCGUUCGUUUGUUGCUGCAGGUCACUUGCCUCACGGAAGAUCUGAUGAGCAGAGAGACGAUCAGUGUUGAAGCGAAUGUGGCGGUUGCUUUCAAUCUGAAACCAUAUAAAGAUGUGUACAUGCGGAAGAUGGAUCCCACUGAGGUUGCUUUGGACUCGGUGGAGAUUACAUUCAAGGAUCAGUAUAUGGGUCGUUCGGAGAUGUGGAGAUUGAAGACUUAUCUGACGAAUACUUGUGUAUAUUUGAACAAGAAAAUUGAAUACUGCGAGAACUGCAUCCGAUGUCAGGUGUAUGAAAUGUGGUCCCAGGGCGAUCGGGUGACAUGUGGAGUGAUUACGGAGGACACGAAGGUGGUUUUCAGAAGUAACACUUCAAUGGUUUAUCUGUUUAUACAGAUGUCGUCGGAGAUGUGGGAUUUUGAUAUACACGGAGAUUUGUAUUUUGAAAAAGCGGUGAAUGGAUUCCUGGCGGAUUUGUAUACUAAGUGGAAAAAGCUUGGUAGUAAUCAUGAGGUAACGAUUGUAAUGUUUUCAAGGACAUUCUAUGCGGCUAAGGGUCUGGAUGAAUUUCCGCCGCAUAUGAGAGAUUGUCUUCAGAUGGAUUAUAAAGGUCGGUUCUACGAGGAUUUCUAUCGCGUAGCGAUUCAAAAUGAGCGAUGUGAUGACUGGAGCUCUACACUGGUUCAAUUGAGACGACUGUUCACUGGCUAUCGAAAUGUUGUGUUGAAGUACCACGAGCGACCAGAUAUGGAAAUGAAAAUUCCUCUGGCAGCAAAUUCUACUGCAGCACAAGGAAACUUCCUUGAAGUGCUGAACAUUUCGCUGAACGUCUUCGAGAAGCAUUACCUGGAUAGAAGUUUCGAUCGGACGGGGCAGCUUUCGGUUGUCAUUACACCUGGAGUAGGAGUUUUUGAAGUAGAUCGGGAGCUCACAAACAUCACAAAGCAACGAAUCAUUGACAAUGGUGUUGGAAGCGAUUUGGUGUGUGUCGGAGAACAACCUCUCCAUGCAGUGCCGUUGUUGAAAUUCCAUAACAAAGAUUCACUCACAUCGAUCGAUGAUUAUUCGAUGCCCCAUUGGAUUAACCUCAGUUUCUAUUCCACCAACAAAACGGGUGGUUACUCGUCUUUCAUACCUCGAAUCAAACCACCACCAAUUGCUUCCGAAUCGACACUUAGUGAACAUCCGGACGCAUUUCAACUGCAACUUCCUAAGAAGGAAAGCAAAAAUGAAUACAUUCACAACUGUCUGUUCGACUAUGAUGCCUACGACGAUCAAAUAUUUCAAAUGCCUUCAGUGCAUGGAACGUGCUCGCUGCAGCGAGUUGCCAGAACGAAGAAAACCUCCGUUCCUAGCCUGGACAAUUUCGGUACAUAUGGCAACAAUCGCGAGUGGGAUAACAUUUCGUUUCCUGCAGAACUGCGUAGGAAAAUGUCCGACCCGGAUAUCCAUCACAAUACGGCCAACAUGUUGAAUUUGAGUCUGACAUCGCACAAUAGUUCACCGAGUACGACGGAGAAGAUAAACGAAAAGAAUGGCAAUCGAGGUUUUGGUUCGACCAGUGGACCGAUCGUUCGGACAGGAAGAGCGUUAAUCAACCCAUUUGAUCCGUCCCACGUGACAAUCAAAUUGACUUCUAACAGGAGACGUUGGACACACAUCUUUCCAAAGGGCCCUCAAGGGGUACUCAUCCAACAGCAUCACUAUCAAGCAGUGCCAGCCACUACCAAGAACACGAAUUACACCGCCUUCGACUUGGACACGAGUAGUGAGUACGCACAUACUUCCACUUGCACUUGGGGUCGAGGAAGGCAUGGGAGCAAUGCGUCAUUCGAUAGCCGUCUGAAUGAUGAAGACUUGAAAUGGAUUUCGGAUAAUAAAGGAAACCGACGGAAGUCAGGGCUGCAUUCAGCUGCCGGGCCAACGGUAACUGUGACUCCAUCGAAAAGCCUAACAUUGCUGUGGGGUGUUACUGGCGAACAGGAAUGGACUCCUUCCCUUACCACAGGCGUCGAUUGGAAAUCGUUGACUAUCCCAGCAUGCUUACCUAUAACGACGGACUAUUUUCCGGACAAACGAUCGCUACAUAACGAUUACGUUGUUUCGGACUAUACUCUACUGCCUGACGAUGUGAACGCCGAAUUCGCCCAAAAUCGUGCAAUUUACAAGAAGCCACUGUCUACGGAUGAAGUGUUUAGGGAGUUGGUUUCCCAGCGACUGGCUCAGGGUUUCCAACUGAUUGUUUUACCCGACAAAUCAACAACGAAUCCACAGCAAGCUCCAUGCUGCGGAGGUCAACUACAGACCUCUUUUCAAUCCAGUGUCCUCAGAAUGCGUCCCCCGCAGGAACCAUCUCAAGAAUAUCUGUUGUCUAUUGGACGAAUAUUUCAUCGCAUAUCGCUGAGUGGUUCCAUCAUAACGGUUACCAGAUAUCGACCGAGACAUCCCUAUCCACCGAUUAAUGUCGACUACCGAUAUCGAUUCCAUGCACCGCAGCACGACACCUACGAGGUAUCCGGAGUCAAUUUUACCACCGAAAAGCUGGAAAACUUCAACUGGAACUACAUGGACCAAUAUAUUUGCACCCGUGGCGACACUGAUUUCCAACUACUGGAGAGUAUGAAAUACUGGCGCUAUCGAGUUUACCUUCUCCCUCGGGAAGACCCAGCCAUGAAGAAAAUCUUGGAAGGUACCGCUAAGCGCUGUGAUAUCUACACCGACAAUAAACCAUUCCUGUCGGAAAAGCACAUCUGCAAUGAGUUUGUUCGGUUUGUGGAAUUACAUUUAAACAAAAUCAAAAAGGUUACCGCCAAAAAACCGAGGGGAAGUCCACAUCAAACCCACCUGACCAGAAGACGACACAGCACCAGCAUAAUCUCCCGGCCACCACCUAAUCAGCACGGCGUUAUCACUAAAAUGUAUUAUAUUGGUAGUGGAUAUGGUAGUGCUAACUGCUUGUAUCAAGAACGCAAUAAUGUCAGUAAUGGUAUCAGCAUGCUAACUCGUUCCGGCUCGAAAGUACUGGACAAAGCGAACAUCCAGGCUGCAGCAGCGGCAGCAGCCAAUCAACUCAAUUCGACUGGUGGUAAAACCACGGUUGAUGGCAUUCCCCUUUCGACGCUGAAUUCGGCAGCCGAGCAGGGCCUGCCGGAGGAUAGUGAUGAUUUUUGUACGGAAAGUAGCAAGCUCAAACCGACGGCCACGCUGCAGGAAAUUUUCGAUGCUUUCAAGAACCCCAUCCAGGGAGUGGGUUUCCUCGGUUCAGCACCCAGUAUGCCAUCGUGCACAUUUGUGUCGUACGACGCACUCACCUGGUUGCAAAGUCACAUCGAGGGUCCGUGCAAUCCCAUUGAAAUCCUCGAAGAUAUGCAAAGAGCUCGCAUGAUCUGCCAUGCCUCGGGGGAAUACUCGAAACCUGUCGUUCCCGGGUUUAACCUGUACUACAUUAUGCAGCAAGACAAGGAAUCUCGUGAAUACCUGCCACCUCUCGGUGAUUUGGAAGCGUUUGAAAACGAAUGGAUGGAAGUGGAAAUACAUCACCCGGAUUUGCAGAAACCAAUUGACCCAGUAGAUAUUGGCGUGCCGGCAUUUCUACGCGAGGCAAUAGAUUUUAACGAAGAAUUUGUCGAUCGUCCUCUCUACAAGCAAACUCAUCUUGAUAUUGACGUUAACAAUAAAUCCGACCGGAUAGAAUGGGGUCAUGCGCGAUAUCAUCAGAAAAUGAUUCCAGGGCAUGCGUUCGAAGUCGUAGUCCAGUGGAUCACAGCUUCCGGACCGAUUGUAAGCGAUUUGAUCAGUGGGUGGUCUCGAAGAGCGCAAGGAUGUGGUUUCCAACUAGUCUCGAUUCCUGCCGAUCCCCUUGCAGAACCCUUCACGGAGAAAAGUGACCCAUUGAGGGGUCCCAUUUUUAUUCCUUUAGAUAUCGAAUGCUUAAAUCAGCAUAGGAAUUUCCUGUUCGAAGAAUUCAAGAAAGAUACAUGGCCAAAACGAUUGCUGCUGUUCCAGGAAGCUAUUGUAGCCAGAUUCGGUUUCAUGAGGUGUGCUGUUGAAACGAAAACCGGAUCCAAUCAAGUCUCCCUAGAUUAUCAGUACGUCCACUGCACUGGAAAUAUGUUUAUUCUGGUUCCAAACUCGAACCAAGGACUGAAAUCACGCCAAAGACUGGCUUCCGGAGGAAGCACGAUGAAAAAACCAACGAACUUCAUCAAUCGCUACUCAGCUUCCUACGAGUCGCAGAUGCAGAACAAUAUCUCGUCUGCUGCACACGAAGCGUACAUCACUCGCCAUGUGACCGGAAGUAAAACCAAAGAUGACUGUGAUGCGAUCCGGAAGACGGGUUUUCUCUGGUCCUGGAACCACAUGAUACCGAACAAGAAGUGGAAAUCGCUGGCGAUUGCCCAAUCGGAGGAGCUCUUUCAGCUGCGCAUGCUACGAGACUUUAAAGACUUCUGCUCGAAUAGGGAACAAAGACUGGUUACCUUUUGGGAUGAAUGCUGGGAGGCGAAGGUGAAAUCGUCGAUGGCGCGAACCUAAGCCGAGCGGAGAUUGGAAGCGUAUGCGGUGAUAUUUGUAAGUAAAAUUGUUUUGUUUGUUUUCUGUCGAAUUUUAUUUACCUGAAUCGAGGAAAAUCUGUACAAAUUACCGUUAAAAGCGACCUCUUCGCGUUGUUCUGUUCGUUAUUUGAUUUCAUAUUCUUAUACAAAAAUAUAUAAAGCUUAGUCGUAUCGUCGUCUACAGCUACUAAAUUCGGAAAAAAAAUGUUUCUAGUUAUUGAAAGAAACUUCCUUGAUCUAAUUUAAAGCGUCACACAUUUAUUAUACAAAAUGUUUUCAUAAAAUUUAUUUAAGCUUAGAACUGCAGUCGCAGUUUAAGAUAGUCGAUCAGUAGAUUUCACACGCUCAAAACAGAUGCGUGUGUGUUGAAAUAUUUUUAUUGUGAUCGAACACAUCCUUCGAAUAGUUUUGAACUUUGGUAUCACAAAGGUGUAAAAUGUAGUUUUUUUGAUCACAAAAUUCGUUGCUGUUUGUGUUGAUACUGUAUUCAAUGCUUUCGUUGUAUGUUUAUCGUUAUUUUUCGGCACCUUUCCAUACAUCAUCUACGCAAGCUUUGUUGAAGUUGUUUUUAUCAACUCUUAUGAGGCCAGCAUGGUGGCUCUUGUUUCAUAGAGUCACGAUCAUAAAACUAGUAAGCACGUUAUCGAACAUAACAACAGAGCAGUAGGUAGGAGUUUAUUUUCUGAGUUUAAAUUUUAGCACAUCGAGCAUCAUAGAAAAUAAAAACGACAAUGGAUCAAUGAAAAUGGUAAGGUUUUGACAACUUUUGGUGCUACUGUAUAUGGACGAUCGAAUGUAAAAUACUGUGGUAACCACAGCAUAUAGUUCUGUCAAAAUCGCAGCAUUUUCAUUGAUCCGUUGUGAGAAGUCAAACCGUAGAACAUUGAUAGGGUAAUUGAUCAAGGGAUCAUUGUGU